UUCAACAUUAAGCAGCACAACAUGACUGACAGUGUAGGCGUUGGCUGUGAUUAGUUUUCCUCCAUGAACACAGUGUACGGUCUAUCCACUUUUCAAAAUAAAAUAAAAUUCAUUCCACUGACUAAAAGCUCCGCUUCAAAGUAAUGUAAUGUAAUCUAAUAAUGUCAAAAGUUAAACGUAAUAUUUGUCUUUUAAAUAAGUCACAAGUUUCCAAUAAUAAUAACACUCACGUAAAGUACAGAUACUGCAAAAACAACUUGGUCACCUGUUAGCUAUUGAUCAUCAGAAAAAACUUUAUUAGCUCCCACAGAGAAAUGCUUUGUAACAGCUGAUCAAGACUUUGGAAGUUGUAAAAUUAAACAGGAAGAAACAGCCAACAACACAAGAAACAGCCAACAAUCUGGAGUGUCAUGGAAACAGAGUGUUACUGUUCUGAAGUUUACUUUUGCUUUAGUUGGUUUUUAAAUGUAAACACUAAGAUUCUCUUCAGUGACUUCCACGCUCAGUUUCCAGAGCAGGAGCAUCAACUAUGAAUGUGCUAAAGGAGCAAUCAGAGCGGAUCGGCAGGAUGACAGAGCAGACCCGUCACCUGGACACUUCAGGCGGUCUAUCACGGGGGAGCAGGGAGAAUCUCUCAGCCAGCAGCCAAGAGAGGGAUGUGGGCCGGCGGCAGCCCCGGGCGGAGAACUGUGGGCAGGAGGUGGAGGUGUGUCCUACCUUAGCAGCAGGGAACAAGCCCCCGAAAUGCCCGACUGCAGCUCAGCCUCACCAGACACUCGAUGUUCAUGCAGCGCACGAGGGUGGUCACAUCUCACAGGAGGAAAACUGCGAAUACAAACUACCACAAGAGACUUUGAGUUUGUACAUGGACUCUGACACUGGCUUAGACGUGCGUCUGUGCAAGAAGAAACACAGGCGCAAGAAAGCCAGGAAGAGGCGUAAAUGGAAGCCUUAUCACAAACUGUCCUGGGAGGAAAAGAAAGCCAAGGAUGAGAGAGAGACGGCCAGGGCCAUUCGGGUAAGAGAGGAGAUGUUCGCCAAAGGGCGCCCAAUGGCCCCCUAUAACACCACACAGUACCUGAUAGACACCAAUUACCAUGGGGAGCCCGACCUCAGCACCGGUGUCGGGUGGCCCUCAGGGGUCGGUGGCUGCACGGAGGACUAUAGAGGCGGCGACAGCAUUAGGAGGCCCAGGAACGCAAGCAGGGAGUUUCUCCAAAGAGAAUAUUCCCGAGACCUAGAGACGUACCAGGUCGAGAGGCUGCAGAGUCUGACCAAGCAGGAGCUGGUGUGGGAGUACCUGGAGCUGCAGAGGUGCAUGUCCCGGAUGGAGGAGGAGAACAACCUGCUGAGGUGCGCCAUGGCUCCCUGGUGCAGCUCGGAGAGCUGAAGACACUGAGGGCCCCAAACAGCUCCUUCUGAACCAGCUGAGUGACGACAGGGCCCAAGGUUGUUACCAGCUGGAGGACACCAUAUGAAAGAAAAUACAUGGGACUACUGCAUUUAAAAUUAUAUAUAAAAAAAAACAGAAAUGUGAAUAUUCAGUAAUAAGACUAUUUAUUUGAAUUUGUCAUAUCUUCACAGGCCUACUCGGGAUUCAGCACGUGUGUAUGUGUGUGUCAUAUAUAAUCAUUAUGUCAGGCCCAAAUAAUGAUAUAACAGUAAGAGGCAUCAAACCAACACUUUUAUUAUUAUAAUACUUAAACACCAUUUACCUUUACUUAAGCAAGAUUUCAUAUGCAGGACUUUGUAAUGGAGUAUUUUUACAUUGUUGUAUUGGUUCUUUUACUCAGAGGAUCAUAAUGCUUCUUCCACCACCUGCUAGCGAAAGUACCAGCUUUUAGCCUUACUGAAACAUGUUGCUUAAUGACUGAUGAUUAACAACUUAUUCUCUGUCAGUUGAUCCAUCUGGCUCACAUGUGUUGUGGCAUUAUUUGUAGGCCUACAUGACAACUAUAUUACAAGGUUUACCUACAUUAAAUAUUUUUCAUAAGAUUGAAUACUACAUGAAACAGCUAUGUAGUUACCGGACCAGUGGAGGACAAAGGGAACACCCGCCUAGCCAGCCAGGUCAGCCCGAAUCACCACUUAGAUAGAUGGGGUGGCAGGGUAGAUAGGAUAGAUAGGGCUGAUAGAGUAGAUAGGGGGUAGAUAGAGCUGAUAGAGUAGAUAGGGGGGUAGAUAGGGCUGAUAGGGUAGUUAGAGGGGUAGAUAGGGCUGAUAAGGUAGUUAGGGUAGAUAGGCCACAAACCAAAUCAUCCUUCUUCUAGCCACAUCUGCCAUUGCAGUUCUCAGGUGUCCCAUCAUCACGUCAUACUGACGACAAAGACUUUGCUGAAGCCACGUCGUAAGAAGCAUGUAGGCCUACUUGUAAUAGAAAUAUAUCAAAUAAAACCUUAUAUGAACAAACACAUACAUCAGCUGCCACUAAUGAUGUGCGGGACGGGCUCUUAAACUCUUCCUCUGAUGCUUAAAUGGCUGCAGCUGUGGUGAUGACUCGCAGGAUCAUUGCCGCACCAAUAGGAGAAGCCGGCCGUGGAGUCAGAGGCUCUUCCUCUCUGCUCCGACCAAUCCCGUCACGGAGUCCGU